AUGACUGAAAUUAAUGAACAGGCUGAUUCGCAUCUGAAAGUGUUAGGACUUGUUUGGAACAAUAUCGACGAUACUUUGGGACUAGAUUUAAGAUCUUUGUUCUCAAACUUCAAUGACAGCGAAUGCACAAAAAGAAAUGUGCUUCAUACUGCUGCAAAAUUGUUUGAUCCUCCUGGAUUUAUAUCUCCAUUCCUGAUUCGAAUAAAAUGUCUCUUACAAGAAUUAUGGCAAGCUGGUGUUGGAUUGGAUGAAGUGUUUUCCGGACAAUUAAAAGAAAAUUGGCAUGCAUGGUGUAAAGAAAUUAAAGAUUUGCAAAAUUUUAAAACCCCACGUUACUAUUUUCCGGACACAAACUUUAUAAAUAAGGAAGAUUUACAGUUACACGUAUUUUCUGAUGCUUCCUUAAGAUCUUUUGGAGCUGUUGCUUACUUAAGGUAUAAAACUUCCAAGAACUCUUUUCAGACAAGUUUUGUAAUUUCAAAAACUAGGGUAGCACCAAUUAAAAAAUUGACUCUUCCUCGACUUCAGUUAAUGGGUGCUAUAAUUGCUUCAUGA